AGCAAAAUCGGGCUGUCUGGCCAUCUGCCCGUCCCCCCGCAUGCGAUUAUCGUUCGGCUCGGCCAUUGUCCGGCGAUGUCGUCACACUGCUGUUCUUGUCUCUUUUUUUGUCUCUCUUUUUUUUUUCUCCCUCCUCUACGGCACGCAGGGAGAGAUGGUGCGGCCGCGGAACGCCGUGCAACAGGGACAGACUCCCCUUGCUUCCGACUCUCUAAGACGGACUUACACGGCUUGGCCCCGGUUCCUCACCGCCCUCAUUCGGACGGGCUGGCUGGUCACUGCUUUUUCGGAGGAUCCACGGUUGUCUAACUUGACUGCAAAAAUAAUAACAAUAAUAGUAAUUAACUAACUAACAUAAAAACUUGGAUUGCCACGGGCGGCUUAUUAGUGAGACCGGGAUUAAUAGAUAGGCCAUGCGGGGAGGGAUAUGCUGCCGACACUCAUACGGAUACGUCUUUAUUUCAUGUUUUUUCUUCUCGCUCGGUUGCCGGUUGAUAACCAAGCGCCGCCCGCCGUUAGUAUCGGCAUGGCCCCCAAAACGGGGUUUCCUCAGGAUGCGAUUCCUGACUGGAUGACAACUGUUAAGUCUACUCCCACCAUGCCUUGGGAACUACUAGUACUGGUAAAUAGCGGAGUUUGGAAAAAACAGGCGGUCGACGGCAUGACCUCUUAAUACGAGGGCACACUCACACACACCACUACUUCGUACUUAUUACCCAAUUGCCGGUCUGGACCCUGCAUACUUUUAACCCACCAU